GGUAUCAAACACCUUAAAAUCAGUGUUGGCACAAAUAUCUCCACGCUUAACCUUUCCGUCCUCCAAUUUCACUUCUAGUCUGUUAAUGUCAGAUCCGGCGGCCACCAUCAGCUGCCAUGUGGUGGCGAUACCAUACCCCGGCAGAGGCCAUAUCAAACCCAUGAUGAACCUCUGCAAGCUCAUUGCUCUCCGCCAUCCUUCCGACUUCCUCGUCACCUUCGUCGUUACAGAAGAAUGGCUGGGUUUCAUCGGCUCCGAGCCAAAACCGACUAACAUUUGCUUCGCUACCAUCCCUAACGUCAUCCCUUCCGAGGUGAACCGAGCCGCCGACUUCCCUGGCUUCAUCAAUGCCAUACAAACGAAAAUGGAGGAUCCGGUAGAGCAAUUACUCCGACAGAUGGAGGUUCCGGCGAGUGUCCUGAUAUACGAUACGUACCUUAUUUGGGUAAUUAAUCUCGGAAAUCGAAUGAAUAUUCCGGUGGCGUCAUUGUUUACGAUGUCGGCGACAGUGUUCUCCUUGACUUACUAUUAUGAUCUCCUCGUCAAAAACGGCCACGUCGGAGAUAAUUUCUCAGAAAAAGCUGAGGAAGAAGUUGAUUACAUGGAGUUCGUCCAAUACGCGUGGCUGAUCUUGUGA